AUGAAAAAUCAUUUAGCCCGUAGUGGGUAUAUAUCCGAAUCGAAUGGUGAAUCCGAAGAAGAAACAUCAAAUCCAUUUGAUUUAAACAUUUCCAUUCCAUCCUCUUCAGCCAAUAAUCAUCAUUAUGGUACUACUGCUACUACGACCAGAACCAAUCAUGAUGAUCCGAGCAACAACAACAACAACAACAGUAGCAGCAGUACUUCUCUUCGUCAAUCCAAAGCCUAUUCUUCCAUCUACACCUCCAGUCAUCAUACUACUCUUUCUUCAUUCACUCCACGUUCUAACAAAAUCAAAACGAAUGAAAACAUUCUCUACCUUGUGUUUGAAAUUCUUGCAAGUACCAGUUUUUUAAUUUAUCUCCUCUAUGGAGUGUUUUAUUAUUCAUUUCAUACGUUUGCCAUUCCAUUGGAUCAAGACAAUUCUGCUCAUCACUAUUUAUUACCCUUGUUCUUUUUAUUGGGUGGAGCAUGUGUGGGUGGUUGGAUGCUCUCGGGCUUCUUUUUAUGGAAAUUAAAGAAAUUGAGAUCCAUGAAAAGGUACGAGCUCAACAAGUGUGUCUCUUGCUCGUCAUUGUUUUCAUUGUGUGGGUUGUGGUCUUGCCUUAUUCCACUCUUCAUUGCAUUUGUAUGUACUGUGAUUUAUAUUGGAUUCACCAUUGCCCGCCCGAGAGAUUUGGCAAGUAUGAUUGGUUGCAUCUUUUAUGGAGUCAUUUCAAUAGUGGCACUUGUGAUUGUGAUGACAUCCUCUCUUGGAUGUACAUUCUCCAUGAAAAAGAUGAAGAAACGAAAUAUUCCACUAUUAUUAUUUCGAAAAUUUAGACAUGCCAUUUCCGUGGUGUGUGUCGUGAUUUGUGUCAUUCUAUUUCUUGUCAUGUUUAUUUACUUGAUUAUUUGUGGAGUAAUUUUUUCAAAUUUACAAUUGACAACUCCUUCAGGUGGAAUGGAAUUAUCUGUAUUCACACGAAUUUUAUACUUUUUAGAAUGGAUGGCCUUUUUUGCAUGCGUUGCUUUUGGAAUGAUCUUUUUCAAACAAUUUCCAAAGAUUACUCUGUUCUUCAUUUUAGUUCCAUUGUUGAUAUCAGCAUUGUCCUUUGCACUGUCUAUUGUUGAGAGUAAUAUGAUGUAUAAUUAUGUGAUGGAUGGUGCUUUUAGAAAUUUAUAUGGAGUAUUUGGAGAUAAUAAUUACAUUUUAGAUCAAGCAGUGACCUUAAUGGCCAUGAUAUUCUUUAAUGUGACUAGUUAUUUUGCAUAUUUUAAGAUUAAACUUUGA